UGAGGGUCACCUUACUACUCCUGUCUGCAUGGAUGAUAUGUGAAAGCCAAAGAGUUCGUCUGCAGGGGAGUGAAAAGCCCUGUACUGGUCGUGUAGAGGUGUUCUACAAUGGGAGCUGGGGCGUUGUCUGUAGCCAGAAGUGGACGAAGGCCAAUGAGAAAGUGGUCUGCAACAUGUUAAGAUGCGGGAGCCCCCAGAAUUAUACCAAGGGACGCAGCUAUUCUGACCUACCUAAUAAGAUGUGGAUGAAUAACGUCGAGUGCUUUGGAAACGAAACAAAUCUGUGGAACUGCGUGUUCCCUGGCUGGGGCAUCAGUGCAUGCAGCCAUACGUCUGAUCACGUCAACGUUGAAUGCUCAGAAAAUAUAGUGCUGAACUUAACAAACAAAUGUGCCGGAGCCGUUCAGAUCACAAAUUCAAAUGGAACUAGGCCUGUGUGCCAUGAUCGCACCUGGGAUAAAAAUGCAGCCAACGUCGUGUGUCGUCAGCUGGACUGUGGGGAGGCUGACCGUAUCCCAAACGCCGGAAUCUUUUCGCCCGAAGGGCUCACUACCAUGAUCUCUGUGAAGUGCACCGGCAGCGAGAAGCACCUCUGGAAAUGUGAGAAAACGAUCAAAGAAAAUUGCUCAGAUGCCGCAGGAGUCAUUUGUUCAAAUUAUAUACAUCUGCGUCUGAGCCACGGGGAAAACCUCUGUGCAGGCAAGUUGGAGGGGAGAGUGGGCAAGACAUGGAAACCAGUAUGUAACACCAGCUAUCCUCUGGUCGAUCCUGACACUAUAUGCAAAACUUUGCAUUGUGGUACCUCGAGCCCUCAGCAACACUUAUCCUGUAAUACUUCUCAAGACAUCAGUCUCACCUGUUCUGACAAUGUUACACUGGUGCUCUUGGUAGAAGAAAAGGAGAGUCGCUGUUUUGGGGCUGUGCAUUUCAAGAGAAAUGAGAAGCAUGAGGCAGUGUGUGCUGGUUCGUGGGACACUAAAGACGCCAGAGUGGUCUGCAGGGAGCUGAAGUGCGGAGAAGCUUUGUCUUUUAGCCAAAUCACGACUGAGGGAGAUGGUCAGGUCGACCAUAUGGAUUGUGAUGGUUCAGAAUCCUCCCUUCUGCACUGCGUAGCCAAACAUAAACCAGUCGCUAAGUGCAAGAAAGCUACUGUUAUUUGUGAAGAGAGUUUAGAGCUGCGUCUUACUCAUGGCAUCGACCAGUGUUCUGGCAUCGUGGAGGUGUUCUAUGGUGGCACCUGGAUGAGUGUGAGUGAACACGGCUGGGCAAAGCAACACUCAGAUCUGGUUUGCAAAAAUCAAGAGUGUGGUCUCAGCUAUAACCACAGUGGCAAGUUAUAUAUGGAGGGAGAGGCACCGGUUUCGAUUAUGGUGCAGAGUCCUGCUAAGACCACAAUUGGACAGCAUUUAAAGGAAUUAACUAUAACUGCGAAACACAAUAUCAAAGUAACAUGUGAAGAGUACAGAACUCUUCACCUUCAGGGUCAGGUGCCCUGCACUGGUCAAGUGGGCGUCGAAUACAGGGGCACCAACUAUUGGCUCGCAGCAUCUAAGGAGACUUGGACCAAUCAGUCGGCCACCGUGGUGUGUCGAGAAAGGCAAUGUGGGUACGCCGUUUCCUUUGAAAGCAGACUAUCUGAAGAGGCAGAUCAGACAUGGUGGAAGUACCUGUAUAACUGCUCAUCAAAGAAGACAUCCCUCUUUGACUGUGAAAAAGUAGAACGUGCCAACCAAAGUGCAGUGGCUUACGUGACCUGUUCAGGCAGUGUUUCUGUUCGUCUGGAAAACACUUGCUGGGGGCAGGUGGAGAUAUGCAAAAAUGGGAUCUGUGGCGCGGUCUGCGCUAGCUCAUGGACAGAGGAUCUCUCUGAGAUGCUGUGUGAGAACCUGGGCUGUGGAAAAGCUUUUCCGGCGAUGGACCAGCACAAACUGAAUAAUUCAGUCCUAUAUAACAGUAUCUACUGCCCAGCGCCAACUAAAAACAUAACGCAGUGCAAUAUUAAGCUCCAGGAUAAUUCUUCUUGCAAGAAGGCCGCCAGAGUGUUCUGCUCAGCAAGUUUAAAAGCUAAACUGAGGGAUUCGGUGUAUCACUGUUCUGGCACCGCUGAGCUCUUCCACUUGGGACAGUGGAGUCCCAUCUGCUCAGACACACUAAAAGGAAACCUUCCUGAUUUGAUCUGUGAACGAGCAGGCUGUGGAAAAAUGAAGAGUGUCAACCCCAUUAACUCAUCUGUGGUAGGACUGAAGGAAGUUGAAUGUAAUGCCUCCAUAAAACACUGUAAAAUAGGAAAUGGGAAGAAUCAGUGCAAUCAAGUCAACCUAAACUGCUCGGGCUGGGCCCGCGUGCUGCUGAUUGGCGGCAGUGGUCCAUGUGAGGGCAGGGUGUUCAUGGUGAGUGGGGAGAGUCUCCAACCUGUGAGUGUGGAGGGCUGGAAUGAAAAUGAGAGCCAGGUGCUGUGUAGAAACCUGCAAUGUGGGACAUACGCCCAGCAACGGGGCCUGCAGAGUACUCUGGAAAAGUGGUGGCCAGAGACAUACAAAUGUACCGGGAAGGAGGAUAAAAUCUGGGAUUGCAAAACAAGCAGCAGGUCAAUCAUAACUGAGCAGCAGCUCUUCAUCAGUUGCUCAGAUAACCGAACUGUGGAGAUAUCUGAUGGCGGCAGUUGCCUUGGCACGGUACAGAUGAACCAUAAUGGCGCAAUGCAGAACAUUUGUGGCGAUGGGUGGAACUUGGCAAAGUCCAGAUUGGUUUGCCAGGAGCUGUUGUGUGGCGAUGCUGUCUACAACCUCACUCCAUUCUCAGUUAAACAUCAGGCCUACCAUUUCCACUGCAUCGGUGAAGAGUCGAACCUCGGGCAGUGUAAAUCAGAGCUGGGCAAUUGUCAUAGUACUGUCUCUGUGAUUUGCACAGAUAGCAUCACAUUUCGGCUGUCUAAGAAUUGUGGAGGGCUGUUUGAAAUCUGCUACGGAAACAGCUGUGAACGCGUUUGCCCCCUUAGCAGUUCUGCGCUAAAGGAGAGACAAAUAAUAUGUUCAGAGCUGGCGUGCGGAGAUGUCGGGAACAAAUCGGAGAGCCUCCAAGUUCCCUUAUCCCCUGUUCCUCUCAAUCUGAACAAUUCUCUGCAGUGCAAAGGCCCUGAAAACUUCAUGAAGUACUGUGUACAAAGAAAAGACUGUAGCUCAGACAUAUCUGCUGAGAUCUACUGCGAAAAGUAUAUAGAUGAUCCACGCCGCGGCUCAGCUGGUCUGAUCGUGGGAGUAAUCCUGGGGGCCUCGCUUGUUAUCAUAGUAGCUGCCUUCAUGUUCCGGCAGGCAAGGCGCAAAAGAGCCAGAAAAUCGAGACGUACAGAACAACAUUCGUCUGUUUUUGAGAGUGGUGAUUACGAGAAUGUUGAAUCUGAUGACAAAGAAAUGAUGAGCAUGACUAUGCAUGAAGGAGAAGGAGAAGCUGUAGUGUGUGAAAUAGAGGCUGCUCCCUUGGAGGACUAUGACAAUGUGGCACCUCUUGAGUGUGAGGACGAGACAGCUGUACUUCAAAGGUCACUGCCUUCUCAAGAGCACAGCAGUGAGGGGCAACCAGGGGAGCAAGAAUGACAGAGAUUAUCCUCAACACAUCAAAUACCAGCCAGAAGUGGUCAGUUAGCUGGGUUUAGAUAUGUAUGUUCUGAAACUAUGGCUAUCUAAGGUUACCUUCUUUUUUGUUCUAUUCUGCUAAACUGCUUGUUUUCUUAUUUUGAUAACCACUUAUACGGAACAUGUUACUUUUCUCUUCUUAAUCUAAUACCCUGCGCUUUGUUUUUUUAGCUUUCGAUAUACAGUGGUACCUCAGAACUCGAACUUAAUC